GGCGUCCGUGCGGGAAGUUGAGUCUCCGGAUUCGGCCUUCUAACGUGCUGACGCACGAGCGCGGGAGUACGUGAGGACGCAAGCGGGUCUUAGAGAGAGUGCAGCUCCCCGUGUACCUCUCUGGGUUCCUAACCCUCUAGCACAGUUCCUUAUCCGUGCUCCUGGUAUCCAGUAGCCAUGGAUCGGAGAACAAGAGGGAUCAACACCGGCCUCCUUUUGCUCCUCUCUCAAGUGUUCCACAUUGGGAUCAACAACAUUCCACCUGUCACUCUCACAACCUUGGCUGUCAAUGUCUGGCUCUUCCUGAAUCCUUGGAAGCCCCUGUACCAUUCCUGCAUCAGCGUGGAAAAGUGUUACCAGCAGAAAGACUGGCAGCGUUUACUGCUUUCUCCCCUGCACCACGGAGAUGACUGGCAUUUGUAUUUCAACAUGGUGUCCUUGCUCUGGAAAGGAGUGAAGCUGGAGAAAAGGCUGGGAAGUCGAUGGUUUGCCUACAUCAUCACCACGUUCUCCCUGCUGACAGGGGUGGUGUAUUUGCUCUUGCAGUUUGCUUUUGCAGAACUCAUGAAUCAGCCUCACUUCAGAAGGAACUGUGCCGUUGGCUUCUCAGGAGUUCUGUUUGCCUUGAAAGUUCUUAGCAACCAUUACUGCCCCGGGGGCUUUGUCAACAUUUUGGGCUUUCCUGUCCCCAACAGAUUUGCUUGUUGGGCAGAGCUGGUGGCCAUUCACUUCUGCACCCCAGGGACUUCCUUUGCUGGGCAUCUGGCCGGCAUUCUCGUUGGACUGAUGUACACACAGGGGCCUCUGAAGAAAAUCAUGGAGACAUGUGCAGGCAUUCUUAUCUCCAAUGCUGGGCCUUCAGGACAGCAGUACCACUUUAGUAAUGCAGGCCCCUCUGGAUAUCAGAAUCACUAUGCAGAUGGCAGACCAGUGAUCUAUGAAACAAGUUACAGGAACUACGAUGUCUACACAGCAGGCCUGAGCGAGGAGGAGCAGCUGGAACGAGCAUUAAGAGCCAGCAUCUGGGACCGAGGAAAUACCAGAAAUGGCCCAGUACCGUAUGGGUUCCGGCUCCCACCAGAAGAAGAAAUGAGGAGACAGCGUCUUCACAGAUUUGAUGGCCAGUGAUAUGGCACCAUGCAGGGGAAGGCGUGUUCCAGCUGUGCCAUUGCAGCCCAUUCACUUUACUCCCCGAGCCCCUAAUUGGUUUUAAACAAAAGAAGAGCACACCGUUAUUGUUGCAGAUCACUCGUGUCUGCCAUGAACAGGUUCUCUGUGGUUCCUGUGUGCCCAGACGCACAAGCCCAGCUGACAUGUCUGAACACCAGGCUUGUCCCCAAGUGGCUUGUCUAGCCCCAUGAUCUCUCCUAAACCGAAGGCCACCUCUUCAGUUGGGACCGCUUUCCACUUUUCUCUCCUUCCCUCCAGACUCAGUGGCACAUCCCCACUGCAGUGAAGACUGAGACCUUCAUAGGAAGUGGGUUAUUUCACCAGCCGAGUGGCUCAGCCCUCACUCUGCCUGCCAUGCCAGGAACUCGGCUUAGCAGGAGGGGCAGUGCCACCCCCUGGUCGUCCUGGCAUAUUUCCAUGGUGAUAUGGGAAGAGGAUGUGGCUACCUUCCCAGGGUGUUCCAUUCUCUUUCACGCAGGCCCCUCGGGGUGCUCAGGCCGCUAAGUCUGCCUGAUGUUCACAACUCCUGCCUUAUUCCACAUGUAGAAUGUAUGACUACAGGGGACUAAGUGUUCUAAGGUAGGGGAAAAAAACCUACUCGCUCAUUAGAUAUCAUGUGGCACCAGCAAUUGGGGUUCAGAGCCACCCCUCCAGGAGCAGGAGAUGAGACUUGUUUAACUGCUCCGCAGAGCGGCAGCAGGUGGCACACACACACACAGCAAAGCGGAGGUGUUGACUGGGGUUCUCACAGGGAAUUCCCCCUUGCAGCAAAAUUUUUUUUUCUUCAUAAAAGUGCCUUCUCAUUGGCCACUAUGGCUGCAGUUCAUCAUAAACAAAGUGAAAAAAAUGCCCCAGGGAAGUGCUAUGUUUUAUACACCCAUUGUCCCAGUCAUUUAAGGCAUUUCUCUUUCUUGUGUUCUGAGAAUUAAAAAGGCAAAGACAGGGUGCCACCACUGCCUCACAGUCAGGGAGUGUUCAGUUCAGAGGGAGUUUGGAGCAGCAAAUGGUGCUCCAGCUCUAACUCAUCCUUCAUGGAUAGUUCUCAUUGAGAACAGGGAUAGACAAGCUUUCCUAUGCACGACGCAAACUCCUGGGAGAGAAUACUAACUGGUGAUGCGAUUAGCUUUUGGGGGCGGGCACAUAGGACCUAACUUUCUUUGUUUACAGUUUUAUAUUCUAUUUUUAAAGUGUGUAAAGUGUCUGCUGCUUUCAGAAGAUUAAUUAUACAAUGAAUUCAAGAAACAUAUAGCCAGUAAAACAAACUUAAAGCUAAGUACUCUGUGUCCAUUAAGAAAAUCCCUAGGCUGGCCUUGAUGACACACAUUUCUAAUCCCACCACUCAGGAUUCAAGGGAAGGAGGAUCUCCAAGUUCAGAGCGAACCUGGUCUACAUAUGGAGUUCUAAGCCAGCCAGAAUACACACACACACACACCCUUAUACACCAAGACCCUUUCUCAAAGAAAGGGAAGAAGACAGGGGGGAAGAAGGGAGAAAGAUGAAGGAAGGAAAGAAAUUCACAGUAUAUAAAUAAAAGUAUAAACAAAUGCUCAGCUUUAAAAGAAACUGGUGCCCAAGGCUGACAUUCUGAGGGUAUUAAUGUCUCAGUUUCCAUUGUAUGCAUUUGACACAUCUGGUGCACACCAGCUGUGCAGCUCUGCCGAGUUGUUAAUAUGGAUCCACCUGGAAUGUCUUUAACACUUGCAUAUGAAUGGGCUAAGCAAAUCCAUGGAGUCUAAGAUCAUUCAGACAGGCUAUCCAGACACUAUGCAUGGGUACCUUAGUGUAAUUUGUAAUUGGUGGAAAGCCACAGCCAGUUGAUGUUAUAAAUUAUGCCCCUGAGCCUGGUACCUCCAAACACAUUUAAAUUAUAAUAGUCAAAGUAAAUUAUCCCUGACUCUCAAGCUAGACAUUUGCCUUCCAUACCACAAUGAGGAAUAACCUUUUCCCUACUUGCCACCUUUCAAUAGCAUCUGAAAUUCUGCCCUAACACUCUUAUGUCAUUAUUCUUAUUUGUGCAUACCUGCACCAAAUCAUGUCUCUGCAUGUGAUGUGAUUCUGAAUGACCUAGAACAUGGCCUAUUGUUGACCUUCCCAUCCUUCCAAGUCUCUCUCACUCCACACUCAAAUGCUCAGUAACUGUUAUUUUCUCACCAAAGUUAUUAAUCAAUUGUAUUAGAAUUCCGCUAGCUUGUGUAUAUAUAGCUUGAGUGCAAUAAUGGUACCUGAUUGCUUUGCUUGACUUGUUGGACAAAGACACUGCAAUCCCAAUUUUGGAUGGUGUAGUUAUAAUAUGCACUUUUUCUUUAUUUAUGGAGUGGAAUGUCACCAAAUGUUUAUUACAGAUGUGGGAAAAGUCAUUUUAGGGAUAAGUGAAAACCAUAUGUCUUCCAGAAUAAAGAUGGUCUGGAAAUUAUAA